ACUUGGUAGUUCUCUAAUAAUCUGUGUUUGGGCUUUAUAUCAUCUUUGAUAGUGAUACAUUUUGGGGCAAUUCUCUUUUUGUUUAAAACUAUCAUAUAGUUGUCCUAAGUUGAGUACUUCUAGGCCAGGCUUGAUGGCUUAUGCCUGUAAUCCUAGAACUUUGAGAGGCAGAAGCAGGGGGAUCACUUGAACCCAGGAGUUUGAGACCACCUAAAUCAGAAUCAAAAACAUAGCCAGCCGGUGUGGUGCAUGCCUGUUGUCCUAGCUACUUAGGAGGCUGAGGUGGGAGGAUUGCUCGAGCCCAGGAGUUCAAGGUUACAGUAAGCUAUGGUGGCUCCAGUGCACUCCAGCCUGUGUGACAGAGAAAGACUCUCUCUAAACAAACUGACUAAAAGUUUAAUUACUUUAAAAAAAGGGGCCGGGCGCGGUGGCUCACGCCUGUAAUCCCAGCACUUUGGGAGGCCAAGGCAGGCGGAUGGCAAGGUCAAGAGAUCGAGACCAUCCUGGUCAACAUGGUGAAACCCCAUCUCUACUAAAAAUACAAAAAUUAGCUGGGAACGGUGGCGCGUGCCUGUAAUCCCAGCUACUCAGGAGGCUGAGGCAGGAGAAUUGCUUGAACUCAGAAGGCGGAGGUUGCGGUGAGCCGAGAUCACGCCAUUGCACUCCAGCCUGGGUAACAAGAGUGAAACUCCGUCUCAAAAAAAAAAAGGUGGUACACAAUUAUUGUUCUUAGGGUGAGGGUUUUCUUAUUUUUAUUUUUUUGGUUGGAGGAACUCUUGUUUGUUAGCCAACCAUGAUUGCAGUGGCUCAGUCAACUCGCUGCAGUUUUAAAACCCUGGGCUGAAGUGAUCCUCCUGCUUCAGCCUCCCAAGUAGCUAGGACUGUAGGACUAGGAUGACAGGCACACGCCACGAUGCCCGUCUAAUUUUUUUUGUUUUAGGGACAAGGUCUCGCUAUACUGCCCAGGCUGAUGUCCAACUUCCUGGCCUCCAACAGUGCUCCUACUUCGGCCUCCAACAGUGCUCCUACUUCAGCCUCCCAAAGUGCUGGCAUUACAGGCAUGAGCCACUGUGCCUGGUUUAUUUUUUAUCUUUCACUGUAGAGUGAAAGAAUUGCUAUUUGGCUGUACAUUGGUGUUCUGUAAUAUGAUGAGGUGUGAGUUUAUCUCAGUAUUUGGAUAUUUAUUAUUUAUUAAUUUAGAAGCACUUUGCAAUUAACACCUUUAAAGUAACUUAAAAUUUUAAGUGUUACAGUAGAAAUUAAAAUGCCAAGAAGCAGAUGUUUUGGAGGUUAAUUGAAGACAGACUUUCAGGCUGGGCCUCAUGACUCACGCCUAUAAUCCCAGCACUUUGUGAGGCCGAGGCAGAUGGAUCAGUUGAGGUCAGGAGCUCAAGACCAGCCUGUCCAACAUGGUGAGACCUCGUCUCUACUAAAAAUAUAAAAAUUAGAUGGGUGUGGUGGGGUAUGCUUGUAAUCCCAGCUAUUCAGGAGGCUGAGGCAGGAGAAUCCCUUGAAUCCGGGAGGCAGAGUCUGCUGUGAGCUGGUAGCGUGCCACUGCGCUCUAGAGUGGGCGACAGACCAAGACUCCAUCUCAAUAAGACAUAACAAGAAUAAAAUAGACUUUCAGGAGUAAUAGCUGCUUUUAAAUUUUUUACUUUAAAGGUGUUAAUUGCAAAGUACUUCUAAAUUAAUAAAUAAUAAAUAUCCAAAUACUGAGAUAAACUCACACCUCAUCAUAUUACAGAACACCAAUGUACAGCCAAAUAGCAAUUCUUUCACUCUACAGUGAAAGAUAAAAAAAUAAACCAGGCGGGAGUCGCGGACGGUCUGCUGAACCCGUUAGUGCGCCCGGCCGAGACACGCCGCCGCCAUGUCUCGCUACCUGCGUCCCCCAAACACGUCUCUGUUCGUCAGGAACGUGGCCGACGACACCAGGUCUGAAGAUUUACGGCGUGAAUUUGGUCGUUAUGGUCCUAUAGUUGAUGUGUAUGUUCCACUUGAUUUCUACACUCGCCGUCCAAGAGGAUUUGCUUAUGUUCAAUUUGAGGAUGUUCGUGAUGCUGAAGAUGCUUUACAUAAUUUGGACAGAAAGUGGAUUUGUGGACGGCAGAUUGAAAUACAGUUUGCCCAGGGGGAUCGGAAGACACCAAAUCAGAUGAAAGACAAGGAAGGGAGGAAUGUGUACAGUUCUUCACGCUAUGAUGAUUAUGACAGAUACAGACGUUCAAGAAGCCGAAGUUAGGAAAGAAGGAGAUCAAGAAGUCGGUCUUUUGAUUACAACUAUAGAAGAUUGUAUAGUCCUAGAAGCAGUAGACCGACUGGAAGACCACGGCGUAGCAGAAGCCAUUCGGACAAUGAUAGAUUCAAACACCGAAAUCGAUCUUUUUCAAGAUCUAAAUCCAAUUCAAGAUCACGGUCCAAGUCCCAGCCCAAGAAAGAAAUGAAGGCUAAAUCACGUUCUAGGUCUGCAUCUCACACCAAAACUAGAGGCACCUCUAAAACAGAUUCCAAAACACAUUAUAAGUCUGGCUCGAGAUAUGAAAAGGAAUCAAGGAAAAAAGAACCACCUAGAUCCAAAUCUCAGUCAAGAUCACAGUCUAGGUCUAGGUCAAAAUCUAGAUCAAGGUCUUGGACUAGUCCUAAGUCCAGUGGCCACUGAUAGUAUAAACCAUGGUCAUUUUUAGGCAUGUAUCAUUUACUCAUAGUUUGGUUUACUUAAAUUAUCAGGAAUACAAUGUUGCAAUGAUGCUUAAAAAACCCUUGUUAGUUUUCCCUGUACCAGGCAAUGGUUAUAAUUAAAAUGAUAUGCUGUUGAGAAGCCAAAAAAUAAAUAAAUAAAUAAAUAAACCAGGCACAGUGGCUCAUGCCUGUAAUGCCAGCACUUUGGGAGGCUGAAGUAGGAGCACUGUUGGAGGCCAGGAAG